AUGACUGGGGCAUGGGAUCAGAACGUGCUGCGGGCACGCUUUUGUCAUGCGUUGUCAGAGAUGUACAAGAGCGAGGUCCCGCUAUACGGUGAUCUGAUUGACGUUGUCUGGGAAGCGGAUGCAAAGGCGGUGCAAGCGAGCAAGAAGCUGGGAGGAGCAAAGACCCUCGAUCCAGACGACAUUCUGCCUUCACGCCAUCGAGUCGAAAGGCAUGGCGCCAUCAGGUUGGGAACUGCAUAUGAGCUGAGCACUAUUCGUCGCAUGUUCUCCGUCAUGGGCAUGUAUCCUGUGGGCUACUAUGACCUGAGCCUCGCCGGCUUUCCUAUGCAUGCUACUGCUUUUCGGCCAAACACACAAGAUGCGCUGUCCCAGCAUCCUUUUCGCGUCUUUACCACAGUUCUGCGGAUGGAGCUACUGACAGAGAAGACGCGAGCAUUGGCACAAAAAGCGCUAAGCCAGAGGAGAAUCUUCACACCAAGACUUCUCGAGCUACUAGACAUAGUCGAGACGAAUGGUACUUUAACAUCGCCUGAAUGCGCGGAGUUUAUUGAAAACGGGUUGGAAACUUUCCGCUGGCACUCAAAGGCGACAGUCACGCUUGAUGAAUAUAUGCAGCUCAAAGCCGAACACCCUCUUAUCGCCGACGUCGUUUCAUUUCCCAGUUCACACAUCAACCAUUUAACCCCUCGCACGAUCGACAUCGACCUAGUUCAACAGCUCAUGGUAGACCAUGGUAUGCCAGCAAAAGAACGAAUCGAAGGCCCGCCUAAAAGAGAUUGUCCCAUUCUUCUGCGUCAGACAAGCUUCAAGGCGUUAGAGGAGACGGUUUACUUCCGUGAUUCACCCGACGGCUACGUAAAGGGAUCCCAUACUGCACGUUUCGGAGAAGUUGAACAGCGAGGCUAUGCCCUGACACGAAAGGGUCGUCACUUGUAUGAUCGGAUUCUAGACCAAGUGAAUGCCGAUGCUGCGAAGAACAAGGUCAAGGGAGGUCACUACGAAAAGCUGUUGGAAAGUCGUUUCAAAGCAUUUCCUGAUAGCUUGUCUGACCUCCGUGGCCAGAACCUGGCUUACUUCUGCUACCAAGUAACCUCCGCCGGCGAGAGACUUGCAGAAGAUGGCAUCAUAAUGGCCAAAUUCGGAACCUCGGCGUCCCUUCAAGAGCUUCUAGACCAAGAGCUCUUGACCUACGAACCUCUGACCUAUGAAGACUUCUUACCACUGUCUGCGGGAGGCAUCUUUAAUUCUAACCUAGGAGCUGUCUCCCAGUCAAAGCAGCUCAUCAUGAGUGCGGAGCCGGACCUUGAUGGGUUUCAACGUUGUUUAGGCACUUGCGUUGCUGAUGAGUUCCAUCUUUACUCUGAGAUGCAAGAGGAGUCCAUUCGACGUUGCAAGCAUCAGCUCGGACUGGAUAUCACUGUCUAG